ACGACCACCUGCGCAAAAUUCAAAAUGGCGGGAGGCGGGCUUCAUAGUUCGGUAUUUCUCGUCAUGGUAUCUGGGCAGAUAGAGUCCGCAAAGGUGAGACAAAACUUAUAAGUAUGCCAAAUUGCAAUAAGAUGUAUUAAAUCUGUAUUUUCUUUUUGUCUUCGACCUUAGUUCCCAGAGUUUGACGAUUUAUACUGCAAGUACAGUUUUGUUUAUGGUCAAGAUUGGGUCGUUACGUCUGUAAGUACUUUUUAAAGGUCGUUCUUUAUUUCGCGGCUGUGCAUCCAGGAGUUUUAUAUACGUUUUUUUCAAUUUGGUAUCAUAAUGACAAUCAUGCUGGAAAAGUACCUUUAAUGUCCUACACGCACCUAAUGUCUUUGUAUGUAAAAAUGAUGUCAAAAUUUGACAUGAAUAUCUACAGAUAGGAACGAUAUUGCUUUUUUGACAGGGAUGGGAAGAAGGACUUUCCCAGACUACAAAAAAGAGUGUAGACAGGCGACAAGUAUUUGUUUUCAACUUUCCACUGGAUAUUACUUUCAAGAGUACUAGCCCUUUUGGAUGUGAGUACAAAAAUGCAUUAAAAAUAUUCUGUAUAUUAUCAUUGGCUAUUAUUUUGGUUUUUCAUUUUGUAUUGACAAUUCAAGUGUGUCUGCGCAGUACUUCCAGUCAAUUUAAACUCCCCAGCGGGGGGAGGUACUUUAGGAAUUUUUGGGUGGGGAUGUCAGCGUGCAAAGAAAGUAAUGUCCGAUAGUCAAAUUUGUUUUUAACCCCAGCGGGGAAGGUACUUUGAAUAACAGAAAACAAAAAGUUUUUGGGGCUGGAAAUGUGGACUAGUAAAUUAGCUGCCCAAAUGGGACCCUGGAACCCUUAGCCUAUACCAGAGCUGAAUUUUGCUACCCAAAACUAGACUAAAUUCCCCAAGUCUUACUAAGAAUCAUCGUAUAGAUCGACAGCAAGUACUUGGAAAAUAAAGUAAACAAAUCCUGCCUAUCCUAGCGUAGCUUUUGGGCUUAAAUUUGCCUAUUUGUUUUUUUUAUAUAUUUUUGAGUGGCAAUUCCUGGUUUCCCUAGCGUAGACUAAAAUCUUCAACCAACUGAUCAGUUUCCUGGAAAAUGAUACCCUAUUCUAGACCCAGACUCUCUAAUUUAAUCUUCGUCUGGUUGUUUGCUAUUUUCAAAACAUUUCCAGAAAAUCCAGUUGGGAAGUAAAUGACUUUGAAAUGACUUUAUGGAGAAAAUUUCCAGGAGCAACGGAACAUCUGAAAAGGCAGUCCUUUGUGUUUCAGUUAUUCAAACCUAUUUUUGAUACCAGUUUCUGCCUUUUGCUGCUGUUUUUCGAUAAAUGGAACUGACUAGUAUAAAUAAUAUUUAAACCUGAUUCCCGGAUGAAAUUUAGCAGUCUUGAAUUUUGCUUACCAUUUGCCCAAACUGUGAACCGACCAGUUUGAACAUGGGAAUGGUAAACAACCUCUGUUUCAAGUUGUAUCUUUAGGUUAUUUCACAUUACCAAGCGGUGAUUCUUAACAGGAUAUUGUGCUACUCUUUAAAUUCUUCUCCAGGGCCUCAACUAGUGAUCAGUUGUUAUGGCUUGGAUUUCUAUGGCCAUGAUGUGGUACGCGGAUAUGGAGCUGUUCAUGUUCCAAUCUCACCAGGAAGGUAUAUCAAUCACUUCUUCACCAUUAAUUAUUUUAUAUUUUAUAUUUUACAACAGACAAUUAAACAACAACAAUGAAUCUUUAUUAAUAAGCAGAUGAUAUAACACUGCCCACAGCUAGCAAGGCUAUUAAAUUUUUGAGGCAGGACAGUGUGUGCAAAAAAAGAAAUUAAGAUUAAGGCUAAGUAAGGAAAAUUUACAGUUUACAAAUAGGUAAAAUAAAAAUCGUAAUAUGAUUGAGGACUAGAUAACACGAUGGAGAAGGUUACAGGAAUUACUUUGAAUACUACAUUUGAACCUCGAUAUAGCAAAGGGCCAUGGGACAGGGCAAAAUAUGUUCACCAUAACAAGGUUAUUUUCCACAUAUUUUUCUAUUACUGGGGCGAAGAAUUAGCAAUUAUUGGAUGAGGUUGAGCAAAAUAUCGUGAUUUGUCAGUGGCGAGCAGAUAUUAUUUGCCAAACCCGAAGGCUGAGGCAAAUAAUUGAUCUGUGAGACACUGACAAAUCACGAUAUUUUCUGCUGAGUUCAAUAAUUGUUUUAUCAUUCGAUGACCGAGUUUGUUUUUUUAAUGAACAUCCUUGGGAAGAGAAGCAAUCUGCCAUUUUCACGCAAGAGCGAUCGCAAGAAGGAGAAAAGCACGGUUUCCUUUACGCAUGAGCAGAAUAUUAUUUGCAGCCAAACACAGUUGGACAGCAUUGCGCAUGAGCAGACCAUUAUUUGUGGGCAGUUAUUUGCAAGUCAUGUGGUGGGCUCUCAGUCAAUGAAAAGAAAGAAAAAUUUGCUUCAAAUGAUAAUUAUUAUUAUCUUUCAUUGUGUCCUUAUUAUCCAAGUUAGUGACUAUAUCAAUUCUAUUGUUUGGUGUAAUUUGUAUUCAGCCACACAAGGGAGAUUCCAAUGUUUGUUCCUGAGUCAUCGUCAAAGUUUCAGAAAUUCAUAAGGUAAAGUGUUGUGUUUUCUUCAUUACAACAGUCAAAAUAAGCUCAAUAUUCAUCCCUAUUCUCUUUAGAGAUCAUUGUUUUCUUUGUCAAUGAUCUGGUGUCAAGUAAAUCCCUGUUCACUACUCAUCAGUGGUUGGCUGUUUAUUUUUAAUCCUAUCCUGCUGUGCCUUUCUUAGGGAAAGAGGUGCAACAACCCCCCUUGAUUAUACACCCUUAAUUUACCUAAAAUGCAUUUGUCUUCCAUUACAUGUACAUAGUUUUGGGUUUCUUAAUAAUCUACGGCCGUUUCCGAGUUGCCUCAAACCUCUGUUUCAAAGCGAGGCUUAGCGCCAAGCUAUUAGCCUGUACACAGACGUUGUUUUAUUUUUCUUUUCGUUCUUUUCGGAAACAUCGGCGAGCUCACAAGCGUGUGAGAAUGAGCAUGGAGUGCGAGAAAGAAAAAUAAAUUUUUCUUCUUCCCCCACCCCUACCCCCUUGCGCUGGGGGUCAAUAAAUUCCCUGCAGUUUAUAUUUUAUCAUGCGCGCUCGAUGGACUUUGAAGAGAAAUAGAGGGUCUGUGAACAGGCUACCAAGCUAUUGAUAUGAAAAUGAUUUUUUGAUUCUCAUGCAAAUGAUACUCAUUUCCACGAGAAAGAUUGUGCACAUAGCCUCAUUUUGAAAGUGGGAGGUUUUGGAACUUGGAAAAUAAUGGCCGAUUUUAAUAUUAUUGUAGCAUGCCCUAUACCAAAAAUAAUAUCUCCUUUUUAGAAUGAAAUGUUUACAUAUUUUUUCCAUUUAAAAUACUAAAUGCAAGAAUAUUUUCUUAAUAGUUGGUUCUUUGGUAGGAGACCAGAGUUUGUGGACCCCAAACUUGCUGCACAAGGAGAAGGAAGGGAAGUGACCAGAGUAAGGUCACAAGGAAGUGUGAAAGUGACAUUCAGUGUGGUGACACGCGACAUGAAAAAACUUGGUUAUGACACAGAGCCUGCUAGUGUAGCUAUCCCUCACCUUGCUCCUGGUAAUGCUGGAGUCACAACAAUAAGACCAGAAUCUCAAAUGCAUGGAGCUGAGAGUCACUCCUAGCAACCAUAGAGUGCAUGUGAUUGGGAAAUGUGGAUUUGAAUUUUGAAUUCCUGAUUUCAGAUUUGCAUUGAAACGUGAAAAUAUCCAAAACUGAAUUUCAACGCUGAGAAUGCUGUCCUUGGAUUUCCCUUCUUUCCGUUUUUUUGGGGGGAAAUCUGAAAAAGAGUUUGAAAAACUGUUCUCAAGAACAGCAGUUUUGCAUGUGCAUGCAUGUUUAGCAGAAAAAAGACUACUGUUCAUGACAACAGUUUUGCAAAUCCUUUUUCAGAUUUUAAAAACCACAGUAAAAAGGGAAAUCCAUGUAUUCGGGGUUUGGAUGUCAUAAGUGAUAUCCACCUGUCCUCAGCUUGGGGACAAAUUUCUCGGGGGUGAUAUUUGAACACAGCAGUCAUGGCAUUUUUGAUCGAUUAGAUCUUGUUUGCCUCAAACUUCUGGGGGUUUAGACAGUUAAAGAGAUGAUGUAAACCCUAGGGGUAACACAGGUAUUUGGUUGAGUGUCUGGCCACCAAGUCAAUUAUUUAAAGCCUCAAAGGAACAACACUGUACAUUUUGAAAAUAAUAUUUUUCAGAACAUGAAAAGCAUUAAGAACUUUAGAAGGCAUUGAUAUUUUGUGGUUAUAAAAAGAAAAUGAAAUUUAAUAAAUUUAUAUACUUCGCUCGUAAAUAUUUAGGUAAACUGAACCCAUGCAUUGUUGUUGUAAAAAAUUCUAUAAACAUAAGUGAGC